GUUUGAAGUCUGAAACUAGACUGGCACAAGUCCAACAGUUUGAAUAUUGACUGAGCGUUACAGCAUAGAGCAAUAUGCGUCUAGUUGAAGCCAGUAACGCUCUCAAGUCUCAUCACUGCCCAUUGACUUCUUCACGUUCUUGUAAUAAGGCUUUUGUGGUGGUGGAAUUUCCAUCGAACCAAACACAAUGAGACUAUCGUCCAAUGAAAAAAGUUGACCCAGAUUAGUUCCUCUGCGUCUAUGAUCCAAGACCACACAUGUAGCCAAGAGUGGAAUACCCCGCCACCCGGUACCCGCACGAUCAACCCCAUAGCCAGGAUUGCCUUUAAAUAUGAACAUUACUAAAUGGGCAUCGCCAGAAUGAGUUGUCUCUGCUUGCGGCACCGUGUCAAAAUUAUCAUCUUGGUGAUUUCUGCCUGUGCUUUUGUCACUGUGGUGUUCCUGUACAAAUCUGAGGAGUCGCAUGCCAGACGGAGACUGGGGCCUCAACCAUUGACAGAGUACCACAACCCUCUGGCCAGUACACUAUUGCGGGAACGGUUUGUGGUGGGGCGAAACGGCACAAAAAUCUGGCCCGCCGAUCUCACAGAGGAAAAAUUGUACGGAAAAGAAGGACAGGAGCUACUCAAGGAACGGGAGAGGUUGACCAUCCUCGAACACGCUAAUGUGUCUAUGCACAAUGACCGUAUCAAGGGGAGGGAUUCGGUCGUCGGCAUUGGCAGCCACAAGAAGUACGAGAUGAGGGCGGAGGUCCGAAAAGUGCUGGAGCAGAGAACGGUGAACGGAACCAGACGGGACAGGACAAAGCAGACGUGUCUGGUUCCCGAACUCAAUCCCUUUGACGGGUCCAUUCAGGCGCACAUCAAAGAGCCAAAACCACUCAACUGCGAAGGGAUCAGGCUCACUGAGGUCAAAAACAGGAGGCUGGUGCUGCGGAAAUCUGUAACUCGAAAGAUCAAGUACAGGACCUGCUACGUGUCGGCCAUCAACAGAGUGAACGACUUUUUAAGUCUUGUUUCCUCACCGAGCAAGGUGAAUGUUGAUUAUAAUCCUCGCCCUGACAACAAGGACAUUCCACUUCAGUAUAACUUGUCCUCGGAUUUUACAGUGGUGGUUUGCCUGGAUGAGAAAGGCAACUUGACCGAGCACGACUUUGACGGUGCCUUUACUGAUCUAAGGGAUAACGAGGAAUUUGAUACCUUCUACAAGGCUAGUCCAGCUCUUUUCGAUGUGCAUGCCAGCGUGGUGCCCAAACCCAAAGUACUACAGCGGCUGCGUGACACCAAACCGCCCAGGGAUGGUCUUGGAGUGAAUGUAGUCAUGCUGGCUCUAGAAGCAACCUCAAGGAUGAAUUUUUUGAGGCAGCUGCCUCUGACGACAGACCUUCUAGCCGAACUGGGGAGUGUCUUCCUUGAAGGAUAUAACAUUGUCGCCGAUGCCACCGCUGGAGCGCUGAUCCCUAUGCUGACCGGUAAGACCGAGCUGGAGUUGCCUGAGAUCAGGAAGGGGGAGCCAGGGUCAUCGUCGGUAGACGCGUACCCGCUCAUCUGGAAGGAAUUUGCCAAGAGCGGAUAUGCCACAAUGUUUGCUGAGGACAGCCCAAGAAUUGCCACCUUCAAUUUACGCUUCAACGGCUUCGAUGAACAGCCUACCGAUCAUUACAUGCGGACGUUCUGGAAUGCUGCCCAGGUCAGGAACAGCUGCCUUGGGCCACGGCCUGUCCAUAGCGUGAUGCUGGACCACCUGUUUGAUUACAUGGUGGCAUACAAGGAUAAGCCCCACUUUGCCUUCACAUUUCUUGUCGGGCUGACUCACGCCAAUAUCAAUCCGCUCAGGUUAAUGGAUGAAGACCUGCACGGAUUUCUCGUCAGCGCUUACAGCCGGCGUCUCCUGAACAACACGGUUCUGUUCAUGUUUGGCGAUCACGGUUCACGGUACUCGGCGAUCCGCAAGACGCUUCAGGGGAAGCUGGAAGAGCGGUUACCGUUCAUGUCGGUCACUCUGCCCGACUGGAUGCCCAAGCGAUACCCGGACAUAGCCAAGAACCUCCGGGCGAACACCAAGAGACUUGCCACACCAUUCGACGUCCACCAGACCCUGCGUUCAGUGCUGCACUACAGCACGAAGCCUGUCAGCGUCAGGCAGCGUGCAAUCAGCCUCUUCAGCGAGAUCCCGCGUGAGAGGACGUGUGACCAUGCCCACGUUGCCGCCCACUGGUGUUCCUGCUUGACCUGGGAGCCAGCUGGUGCUGAGUGGGCGGGGCAUCUUGCCUCUGCUCUCGUGGAGGGUGUCAACGCAAAGACGGAGCCCGUCCGACACAAGUGUGCCAAACUCCGCCUCAAUGUGGCUCUGAAUGCCGAGAGGAUGGUCCCAAAUGAACAGGUCUUGCGUUUUGUGGACACAUCCGAUAACCAUCGAGAAGCAAACUUCCAUGACAACGCCACUGUGCGUGUCUCGGAGCUGCCCGUCCUCUACCAAGUCACCGUGGAAACCAUGCCCGGCAACGGCCUCUUCGAGGGCACGGUCCGAGUGCUGCCGCAGAGCAAGGCCGACUUCAUCGUCUAUGAGCCGACAGGGGACAUCAGUCGCAUCAACAGGUAUGGGACGCAGGCUGAUUGCCUCCGACACUCACGACCAAACAUGAUGCCAUUUUGCUACUGCAAAGACAAUCAAUCUCCAAAGCGGAAAAUGUGAUUCAUGCCUAAUAAGUCAUAUUUUUGCAUCUCAUCUAGAAGUCUAGGCUCAAGAACUUCAUACUUUUCCCCCGUUCCCGUAUUUCCCUCUUGGAUAAAAAUAUUAUUUUGACCUUACAAGUCUCUGCAAAUGUUAAUUCUACAAUGCUUUCAUUCCGUAAUGUAUUGUGUUUUGUAGCCAAGUUGCGAUUCCUUUUGAUUUGUUGAAUUUCACAUUGGAGAUGCAGGAUCAUCAUGAUGCAAAUUGCGCCCUCUGUUGACCAGUGCUAUUCAGUGCACGUAUAAUUAUGCAUGAUGAACACAAUCUAAGUCAUAACAUCUUGGCAGUGUCGUAUCUAGGCCUCGGGUCUGGUCAGGUCAAAUGACCGUCCAAGGUUUCUCAACCCUCAGGCUCCUCAUUAACCCCCCCCCCAAAAAAAGGGUGUAAGUUACGUCUCUAAAAUGCUGGCACUUUCAAUUUUUUUGAAAAUAAUCAAAAAUGUAACUUGUCUUCAAGGAAGGGAUAGCACUGCCCCACACGCACCCCGGAUAUGCUUCUGCAUCUUGGCCAAGACUGCUCAUCUAGAAGCACACCGAUCCACUUUUUCACAAAAUAAAUUGCACCUUACCAAUCUGAACAGGAAAAAACUUGUCAAAUAUUAGGUGAGAUUUGACAUCAUUUGCUGAUGAGAGACAGAGAGAGCAUACUGUCCAAAACAUGGAGUCCACCCGUUUCUUUUUAGAGAUUACUCACAAAAGAGGAACAUGUAUAUUCCAGGUGGUGUUACCGCAAGCAAUCGCAUGCAUCAUGAUUAUGAAUCAUCAAAGUCAUAAAGUUAUGACGUUUGUUUCAGUUUGCUGUAUUUGUUGUUUUUGUUUUGUUUUUUACUGCAAGCAUUUACUGCAGUCACGAUGUCAGGGGUGAGAUUAUCAGAAUCUCUCCCGAUUUCAGGAAUUUUCUUCAGGAAUUUCAUGAUUUCCGGAUUUUGAAACAGUCUCCUUUAAAAUAUGGAAAAUCUUAAAUUUACCAUUCCAGGUAUAUUAUCAUGUGAAAGUUAAUGUAGAACACAAGAAAGAAGGUAUUUUAUUGAGUGCUUUCCGGCAAACACAAAUGUUUACCAGAGGCCCUCUACUGCUGUUGCGUCUUCAAAACCUCUGGUAGUUGUUUCAUGGUUACUUAAUUUUCCUCCAAUUUCACCUCGGGUAAUGCAUUUGCAUGUGGCCUCAAUAUUUGCGACACUUUGCAAAGUAUCUGUGAAACAUGUGCCACUCUGCUCGAUUGCAAUUUCAAUGCCCAAAAUAAUUGGCCGUUUGACCAUUGUUUUGUUUCCGAACUAGUCAGCUCCUUACAAUGGGAAUUCCUUGAGCAUAUCAACCACUCUCAUGCUGCAAGUGUUGAUGAGUUCUUCCACCCCCAAGAAACUAAGAAUCCAUCCGAAAUUGGUUUGGGUCAACUCACACAAUGCCCUCAGGUUUCCUCCAUUUCCUGCUGUGAAUUUCACUGUCACAGCAAAACAAAACUCAUCGAAGGAUAUUUUAUCCAGAGCAUUUUAUCCAGAGCUGGAAUCGGUCAAAUAUGGCGCUGACGGCCUUAACAGCAAAUCCUUGUUCAAGAGAGGCACUGAGACUUCAUGAGCAUAGAUAGACAUUGUCAUGUCCAUGUAUUUUUUGUCUGUCAUAUUUUAUUUAAAUUGUUUUGAUUUGCGUGUACUUAUGAAAUCAGGGCCGUUAUCCAGACAAUAUUGACAGUGACUUAUAAAAAUCAGUACUUAAGUUAAACAGUUGAUAGCAAUGCCUCCAGGUUCAGAAAAACUAGGGACCGGUUGCACUGGAAUGGGUUAUUUUGCUGUCAAAAAUUGGCAAAAUGUUGUUCCAUUUAUAAAUACACAACUCUUAAGGGAAAGUGAGGUUUCUUCUGAAAUGAAAGUUUUCUACUGAUUGAUUGCAGCUGAAUGUUUUUGCCAAGUAGGUUCCCUUUUGUAUUCAGUAUUGGCCAUAUUUGUUUAGAUUUUUGAGAAGCGUUUUUCGGUUUUGUGACAAAUUUAGCUUUUGGGGGGGGGUUGUAUGACACAUUGUUACUCAUGACUUUGCCAAGCUUGUGAAAGGGUUGAAUGCAAUGCAUCGAACGUUUUAAUGAAAUUUUAAAUUCAUCUCAUUUUAGCAAUUCAUUUAUUAUAAAUUCAGACACCACUGUGUCGUCUUAUUUAAAGGAUAUUUUGACACUUCUCUUGCACCAUUUUAAGGGCGUUUUAGGCACAAUUUGUUUUGUUUUUGUUGUGAUUUUUAUUAGUAUUGACUUAGUAUAUACACUGGAAAGCGAAAGAAACUUGCCACUUCUGUCGAAGGCCACACAUAAAAAUUCACUCCAUAGAAAUAAAACAAUUUUUGAACACA